AUGAUUUUUAAAAUAAUUUUUAGAUCAAUAUUGGGUUAUUUGUCUGAUAUGCGCGAAUUAAUAACAAUUCAGGUCGGACAGUGCGGCAAUCAAAUCGGAUCCAAGUUUUGGGAGGUUAUCUCUGAUGAACAUGGCAUCCAACCUGAUGGCUCGUACAAUGGUGAUUCUCAUCUCCAAUUGGAAAAAAUAGAUGUCUACUACAACGAAGCUUAUGGCGGAAAGUAUGUCCCAAGAGCUAUUCUUACAGACUUGGAGCCAGGGACUAUGGAUUCUAUUAAGGCUGGCCCUUAUGGUCGUCUAUUCCGACCUGACAACUUUAUCUUCGGCCAGAGCGGUGCAGGCAAUAAUUGGGCCAAAGGACAUUAUACGGAGGGAGCUGAGUUGGUGGACAAUGUUUUGGAUGUUGUUCGAAAGGAAGCGGAGGGAUGUGAUUGUCUUCAAGGAUUCCAGAUGACUCAUUCGCUUGGUGGUGGAACUGGUUCUGGAAUGGGGACUUUGUUGAUUGCGAAGAUUCGAGAGGAGUAUCCUGAUCGUAUAAUGUCUUCUUUCUCUAUUGUUCCGUCGCCUAAGGUCUCUGACACUGUUGUGGAACCCUACAACGCAACUCUUACUCUUCAUCAACUUAUUGAGAACACUGACGCGACUUACUGCAUCGACAAUGAGGCUCUGUACGAUAUUUGCUUCCGUACUCUGAAGCUUCAAAGUCCAACAUACGGAGAUUUGAAUCAUCUUGUAGCCUUAACCAUGUCUGGAGUGACUACUUGUCUUCGCUUCCCAGGCCAAUUGAACGCUGAUCUUCGCAAAUUGGCUGUCAACUUGGUUCCAUUCCCGCGUCUCCACUUCUUCAUGCCUGGUUUCGCUCCACUUUUGGCUAAGGGCGCAGCUGUCUAUCAGGCCCAAAAUGUUGCUGAAUUGACCAAGCAAAUGUUCGAUGCCAAGAACAUGAUGACUGCUUGUGAUCCACGCCAUGGACGUUAUUUGGCUGUUGCUGCUAUCUUCCGUGGGCGUAUGUCAAUGCGUGAAGUGGACGAUCAAAUGAUGUCAGUUCAAAACAAUAAUUCGUCUUACUCUGUUGAAUGGAUUCCAAACAACGUUAAGACUGCGGUUUGUGACAUUCCUCCACGUGGUCUCAAAAUCUCUGCCACGGCCAUUAUAAACUCUACGGCAAUUCAAGAACUGUUCAAACGCAUCUCUGAGCAAUUCAUGGCCAUGUUCCGUCGCAAAGCCUUCCUUCACUGGUACACUGGCGAAGGUAUGGAUGAGAUGGAAUUUACUGAAGCCGAGUCCAGCAUGAACAACUUGAUUUCUGAAUAUCAGCAAUAUCAAGAUGCGACAGUUGAUGGAGAUGAAUAUGAAGCCGAGAAUCCUCCAGAUUCACCAGAAUCGGGUGAAUCAGGAAUUGAGCAGGAACGUUGCCAGGAUAAUAGCAGCAUAAAAGAAAUUUCCACUCAACAACUUUCUAGUUCGCGUGAUUUGGAUGAUGAUGAAAAGGAAAAUUUGGAUAGUCGAGAUCAGCAACAAAAGUUACAACAAUAUAUAUAUAUAGGUUCAACAUUUCCUUCGUCGACUUCUAAUUCCUUAUCGUCAACUACAACUCUUUCAUCAUCAAAUCUUCAAGCCUUCAAAAAAAUUACAAAUUUGAAUUCAUUACUUCAGAAGAUCAGCACAAAUGUUGGAGGGGAAUUUACUACGACAGGAACAAGUUCUACAACCCUUACUUCAUCUAUAACGAGUUCGGCAAUUGUGCCUAAAGGACCUAAUGAUCUUCCUCUCGGAGGGUCUAUUGCCGGCAAUGUCUUAACACCUGACAAGGUUCAAGGAGAUGCGUCGGAGAAACAGUUGCAACACCCGAAAACAUCUUUAAUGCCUCUACCUUCAGCACCUUCUUAUCCAACUCUUCUUCCUCCAAUUGGCCAUCCACUCCCUGGAAGUACUUUUCAAUCUACUUUUCCUGCUAGAAUGACGGAGCCGAAUACUACAAUUCCACCUUUUCAACAAAUAAAUAACACAACGAUUUUUCCUCCAUCAGAUUCUUCGGUUCCUCCACCACCGAUAUCUGCUGUUCAGAAUGGUUUUACUUCAGGUCAAAGAAUGCCUGUAGAUGCUAUACAACAACAAAAUUCUACACAAACAAAUGCUCUGUCUACACUAGAGAAACAGGAUGAAAAAUCUCCUGAAACCGCCGAAGGACAGCGACGACAAAUUUCUCUUGGUCUUAGUUUAGAUGAAGGAGGUUCUCCGCCAUCACUUGAACAGCAACAACAAAAUUCCCCAUCGUCUGUACAAAUUCCCCAAUCUAUUCAACAACAAUUUUCUUCUGUUUCCUCAAGUAUCAUAAUAAAUCAACAGCAACAACAACCAAAUCUUCCACCUCGCCAAAUUAGCCUUGAAGAAGCCACAGAAGCUCAAUAUUUACGGAAUGUGCUUUAUCACUACAUGGUUGGACGUGAAAAUUUCGGAAGAGAAAGUGUGACUCUUGCUAAAGUCAUUUGCGCUCUUUGUAAAUUUCCACCAGAACAACGAGACUAUAUUCUUAGCAUAGAGGAGGCUCGCUGUCAACGUUGA